AUGUUUGAUGUUUUGGGUGUCGUCGACGCCGGUGGGAUCGCGCUCGGGAUGACAUCGACGUGUGCGCACGCCGUUGGGGUUCGUUCGGGGGAAUGCGAGCACUCGCGGGCGUGCGAGACGUGUGGGACGACGUCAGAGCUUUGGGCGUGCGGCGCCUGCGGGAAGAGCUUUUGCGGGCGGUACCAAAACGCGUGCGCAAAGAAACACGCCUCAGAGAGCGCUCACGACGUGUGCGUGAGCUGGGACGACAUGAGCUGCUGGUGCUAUGCGUGUGAGACGUACGUGGACCCAUCAUCGUUCGAGAACGUCGCUGAGCGCG